AUGGCUGGAAGGGGAGGUGGCAAAGGAGGACAGGGCCCUCAGCGACAGGGGGUGGGCUACAUGCUCAGACGAGCACAGAGGGCGGUCACGGCCAACACGAACAUGCACCGGGCUGUCAGUUGGCUGUUCAGACAGCUCCAAUGCCCUCCGUUGGAUGAUGUGAUGUUCGAGCUGGAGGAGGGGCGGCAGCCACAGGCCCCACUGGUGCUGCAAUGGCUCCAAGAAAGGGGGCAGCAGCUCCUCACAGCGCAGGCUGCUGGGAUGGCACAGCAGGCCAUGGCGGCACAGCAAGCCGUGCAGCAGCAGCUGCAGCAGCAGAUGCAACAACAGCAGCUCCAGCAGCAGAUGCAGCAGCAGCAGCAGACGCAGCAGCAGCAAAUGCACAACAUGGCACCACCGCCGCUGGAUCAGCAGAUUCUCCCCGGGUCCGCUGGGCCAUCCAGGCCACCCAUGGGGCCAUGGCCAAGCUGGAUCGAACUUGCCAGCAUGCCUGCAGCCAAGGUCACCACCAGGAGUCAUCAAAGACCAGCAGAGCCACCAGGACCACCUCCCGGGCGGCCACAGCAGCCACCACCUCCCUUCAAACAACAACAGCAGGCACCACCACCACCUCCCAAACAACCACAGCAGACAGCAGGGCCACCUCCCAAACAACCACAGCAGCCACCACCUCCCAAACAACAACGGCAGCCACCAGGGCAGGAACCAGACGAAGGAGAGCGAACGAAAGCCAAACUCCCACAGCCUCUAGGAAACAGGACUGGGUUGGUGUUGAAACAGACGCCGAAGGUGAGGCCAGGUCCAGAAGAGCCGAAGGCGAGGAUUCAGCCAAAGCAGAUGCCGAUUCCAGAAGAACCGAAGGCGAGGAUUCAGCCCAAGCAGAUGCCAAGUCCAGAAGAACCGAAAAAAGAGGAGAAGAAAAAAGAGGAGAAGAAAAAAGAGGCAGGGCCCUAG